AUGAACAUGUUAAAAUCGUAUUCCGCUCAUGCCAAUUCGAUUGAAGAAUGCUUACGUUAUUACGAAACUAGUCAAAAUGAAGGAUUAACUGAAAAAGAGGCCGCACGUCGUUUAGACAUCAAUGGCCCCAAUGAACUCGACAAGGAAAAGCCUACACCCAUGUGGAAACUCGUUUUAGAACAGUUUGAUGACUAUUUGAUCAAAAUCCUGCUUGCGAGCGCCGCUUUUUCGUUCGUUCUAGCCAUCUUUCAAAAUAACGGAGAAGGCAUUACGGCAUUCGUGGAGCCGUUCGUGAUUCUCCUGAUUCUGAUCAUCAACGCGAUUAUCGGAGUUUGGCAAGAGAACAAUGCAGCCAAUGCCCUUAAAGCUCUCAAAGAGAUGCAGAGUGAAACAGUACGAUGUAUCCGUGGUGGCAAGUGGUAUCACGAGCUUCCUUCUUCCAAGCUGGUGCCCGGAGACAUCAUCCAAAUUCAGGUAGGCGACAAAGUCCCCGCCGACUGUCGCGUGCUGCAACUGAAGACCACCACGGUGCGUGUGGAAGAAAGUGCUCUCACCGGCGAGAGCAAAACGAUCGCCAAAACGGCCGACGCGACGGUAGCCGAGGACGCGGGUCUGUCGGAGAAGGUGAACAUGCUCUUCGCAGGCACCACGAUCGCGAACGGGCUGUGCAAAGCGCUGGUGGUGCGGACCGGCAUGAACACGGAGAUCGGAAAGAUCCAGCGCGCCGUCAUGGACGCGCGGGAAGACGAAGAAAAGACCCCGCUCGGGCAGAAGAUCGAUGAAUUCGGCGAGUGGCUGGGCAAAGUGAUCAUGUGGAUCUGCGUCAUCGUCUGGAUCAUGAACUUCCGGCACUUCACCGAUCCCGAAUUCGGCGGUUUUUUCCGCGGCUGCAUCUACUACCUCAAAGUGGCCGUGGCGCUGGGCGUCGCCGCCAUUCCGGAAGGCCUCCCCGCGGUGAUCACGCUGUGCCUGUCGCUGGGAACGCGGUCGAUGGCGCGUCGGAACUGCAUCGUGCGGAAGCUGCCGUCGGUGGAGACGCUGGGCUGCACGACGGUGAUCUGCUCGGACAAAACGGGGACGCUGACGACGAACGAAAUGACCGUGGUGAGUCUGGUGAAUGUGGCGAACGACGGACACGCGGUGCUGCAUAACGUGGACGGCGUGUCGUACAACCCGGAGGGAAGCAUUAGCGAGUUGAAGCGAUUCGAUACGCGUAGGAAUGGGGAGUUGGGGCGAUGGCGCGUAGAAGACGUGGGAUUGUGCAACGUCGCGAAGGUCUGCGCGCUGUGCAAUGACGCCGCCAUCGAGUUCGAUGAGCAGAAAAUGCGGUUUAAAGCGGUGGGCGAGCCGACGGAGGCGGCGCUGCAAGUGCUGGUGGAGAAAUUGGGUCUGCCCGCGAACGCGGACGUGGACAUGCACGCCGUGAACGCCAUGAAACAAAACCCGGCUUUGCGGUGCCAAAUCGCAACAAGAUAUUGGAGAGACCGCUACGACGUGCUCGCCACCCUCGAGUUCACGCGCUCUCGCAAAUCCAUGUCGGUCAUCUGUGCCCCCAAAAACGUGUCUGGACACAACCUUCUCCUGGUCAAAGGCGCUCCCGAGAACAUUCUGGCUCGCUGCACGUCGCUCUGCACGGAGAACGGAACGAUCCUGCCGCUAACUCCCGAACUUCGUCGCCAUUUCGAGUCCGUGGUGACCUCCAUGUCAGCCAAAGCGCUUCGCUGCUUGGCCAUGGCCGGCAAGCUCGAGCUGGGCGACCUGGCUUCCUACAACGGUCCUCACCAUCCCGCACACAAAAAGCUCCUCGACAUCAGCGGAUUCGAAGCCAUCGAGCAGGAUCUCUGCCUCUUCGGCAUGGUCGGCAUCAAGGAUCCUGCACGCGUCGAAGUCCGCGACAGCAUCGCGCUGUGCAAGAAGGCCGGCAUCCGCGUCUUCAUGAUUACCGGAGACAAUCUCGUCACGGCGGAAUCCAUCGCGCGCGAUGUGGGCAUCUUCGAGCCCUCCGAAGACAUCUCCCAGAAGAGUUUCCUCGCGCGUGAGUUCAUGAAACUCCCUCGUGAGCGGCAGCUUCGGAUUUUGGCGGGUCAUGGGGGUCGCGUGUUCGCGCGUUCGGAGCCGGUGCACAAGAAGGAACUGAUCAGUCUGCUUCGUCAGAUGGGGGAGAUCACGGCGAUGACGGGGGACGGCGUGAACGACGCGCCGGCGCUGCAGCAAGCGGACAUCGGCGUGGCGAUGGGGGUGAGCGGUACGGAGGUGGCGAAGGAGGCUUCGGACAUGGUGCUGGUGGACGACAACUUCCGGACGAUCGUGGCGGCGAUCGAGGAGGGCCGGUCCAUCUACCAGAACAUGAAGGCGUUCAUCCGCUAUCUGAUCAGCUCCAACAUCGGCGAGGUCGCCUCGAUCUUCUUCACGGCCAUGCUGGGCAUUCCCGAGGGACUCUCCCCCGUCCAGCUGCUCUGGGUCAACCUCGUCACCGACGGGCCCCCGGCCACCGCGCUGGGCUUCAACCCGCCCGAGCCCGACAUCAUGGCGCGUCCGCCGCGCGCCCGCGACGAAGGCCUCAUCACGCCCUUCGUGUUCUUCCGCUACGUGGUGAUCGGGCUCUACGUGGGCGUCGCCACGGUGGGCAUCUUCGUCUAUUGGUACUUCUCCCUGGACGGAUGGGGCGGCUUCGCCCAGCCCUGCGAUUACUUCGAGAAGGGAAAGGUCGUCGCCUCCACGCUCUCGCUCACCGUUCUGGUCACCAUCGAGAUGUUCAACGCGCUCAACGCGCUCUCCGAGGACUGCUCCCUCCUCGUCGUCCCGCCUCAUCGCAAUCUCUAUCUCGUGGCCGCCAUCCUCGCUUCGUUCGUCGCCCAUUUCGCCAUUCUCUACAUCCCGCCCUUGGCCAAAGUGUUCUCCGUCGCGCCGCUCACGCUCCACGACUGGAAGCUGGUGCUGGCGUUCUCCUUCCCGGUGAUUCUCAUCGAUGAGGUGCUGAAGUGCGUCGGGAGACAUUUGGACAAUCGGAUGCAAGGAAAGGAAAAAUCGAGGGAAAGCGUUCCACUGCUGAGCGUGGAUUAUGAAGAUUAA